ACAAUAAUUCUGAUGCAAAAGAGCCAAACGGGACAGGAAAAAGAAAAAAAAAAAAGGAAUUGGGGUUGUGAUGUCUCAAGAAAUCAAAAAUGUCUCUUCCAGUUAUAAAGAAUUAAAACUACAUUGUUAAUAAUAGCAUCAAUAAAAUAACUUUUAACAUUGUAUAUUGUUUUAGGUUUCCCACUGGUGCCUGAAUGCAUCGUCAUAAUAGAGUUUAAAAAAAUAUCUCUGCAUUUGUAAAGUUUCUGUCUUCUUUCUGCUCGCUGUUUCCUGCUGGACUGGAUAGAAGACUGUACCAUAAAAACCCUGACAGUGUUUGACAGCAGCCUGGCCUCUGAGUGAGCCCCUGGCAUGCUGUAAAAUCCUGACAGAGGCUGUAGUUGUAGUUGGUGAAUGAUGAAUGAUGACAAGAAGUGAUGUCCCUGCAGCUCAGGCUGGAAGAUGCUGAACUUGACCCACAACAUCUCCUGUGGGAGUCCAGCUGUCCCGUACCUCCUUCUCUGUUUUUUGUUUUUUUUUUUGUAUUAGUGCUUUUUACGAGGGAUAUAAUAUCUUUAUAAAUAAGAUCUCUAUGUUGAGAUAAUGUGUUUGGAUUUUACAGUAUUAGGGCCAUAACCAGAUACAAAAAUUCACAAAGACAUCAAAGGAAAUUCGUACAUAAACUAAACGGUCUUUUACUUCUUAACGAGAUGUCCUACACGAUCACUGAACGAGAAUAUGUGCAAGAAGAAAAUUCUCCAUUUUGGAAUCAGUUUUAUUAAAGUCUGCAGGGCGUCCUACUUGCAGAACUGUAAUGAAAAUGUAGUAUGUUGCUUGACUAAACAUAAUAAAAGCUAAACCAGUUUAUGUGUUAACUUUUCGUGGACCAGAUUGUAUGAGAAAGCUGUGUAGGGCAUUUAAAGCCAAUAAAUGAUACGAAGCUGGACGGUGAUGUUGGUCUCAUCUCCCCGUGCGGCUGUGAGUCUGGAAACUGUAAAACAGCGAAUGAGAAUUUGGCUGGUGCUACAAAUUCAGAGGCGUGUGGAUAUUCCGGUGUCUGAUUGCUUUAAUUCCCCCACCAGAGUCAGUCAUUCAUGUCCUCUGCUCUCACUGGUAGUUGCUUUAGGCAACUAUUCCUCCUCACUGAAAGCAGCCAGUUGAGAUGGUUCGGGCGUGCCUCCUGGAUGCCUGGGGAGAUUUUUCAGGCAACUCUAGUUGGGAGGAAAUCCCAGGAUGGACCCAUGACACGCUGGAGGGAUUACAUCUCUAAACUGGCUCAGUGUCCAGCGAGAAGAGCUAGAGGAGGUGACAGGGGAGAAGGUGUCUCACCUGAUAAACAGCAGAAACUGGAUGUAUGGUUUGAAAUAUACAAAAGAGCUGGUCUCCUCCAGUCGCACCAUAUGUAUGUGUAGCAGUGUGAUGGUAUGCGUCUUCUCAGGGAAUGCAUGAAGAAAACAAGGUGAUGUUUGUGCACACACAUCUGCACCUGAGAUGUAAACAUGUCAUCAUCAUUCAUCUGUGUGUGUUUGCCCUUUAAUGACCUGCUGCAUAAAUGAAAUUCAGACUUUAAAAAAAAAUGCUAAGUGAGUGAUUCCCCACGACACAGGCAGUUUGUUCUGACGCUAAAUCCCAGCUCGGGGUGUUAACAGGCCUUUCGUCAGCAUCAGCUGCUCUCUCACGCCAAACAUCACACGGCAAAGCUCAGGAGAUGAGUUUUUCUGUUUUCCUACAGCCGCCACUCUGAGGAAUCUGGAAGGUGCGAGGCAGGAGGAGACAGUGGCAGCUUGUUCUCACUUUCUCUGCUGCUCGCACACACUCAGGCUCGAGUUUACAAGGCCAGAAACAUUGAUGCGAAUCAUUUUAACACUGAGGAGUCGUUGGUGUAGUUGUGCCUGACAGACAGGAAAGCCAGUCUACCAGCUAGACUCCUGCUCCACCCUUCAAUCCUCUUGCACCUCCUCUAGGCUUCUUUUUCACUAAUAAGUUUUUAUUUUUUCUCUGUCCUCAAAUUAAUUUUUUUAUUCCUUUCAUAACUAAAAACAUAUUUUUUAUUCAUCAUUUAUUCCCUUGGCAGUGUUUUAUUCAUUUAUUAUUUUUUCUUAAUUGCCUCGUUCUCUUCCAGGAUGCGUUCCUCUCAUUCUUCCUUUUGUCCUCCGUGUAAAAUCCACGACUCACUCUGACCUCUUCUGAAUCAGCUGAUUGAGUUCGUAGCGUUCAAUUUUUUACCUUCAUUUCUGAGUCACCGGCUGUUGAAUUACUCAGGGACGAUGCAAACAUCACAAACUACAUUGUGGGUAAAUGUCCAAGGAUCAUAUCAACAUGUGGAAUUGGUGGCUGGCCUAAACACGUCAUAUCAUAACGUGCGUGAACAAAUACCCCACAAAUCUCAAUGAACUGAAUCAACACCAACGAAGUGUGGACCCCUAAUACCUAAAUUAUUACAUUUGCAAAGCCACGUCAUAACAGUCUGCAUAAAACCAGCAAAUGAUUGACAUGUUUGCUCACUAAAAUAACUUAAUUGGUCGUGUUUGCUCUUGUGUCUGAGGAGAGAGCAGCAGCAAAGCUUUAUUUGUUCGCUCUGUUUGUGUAUCUUGAUUUGUUCACAUUAAUUAAUGUCCUGGCAUUAAGGCACAGAGGCCUCAUUCACCACUAAAUUAUGUCAGCAAUGUUUGACACACCAUAGCAAAUUUACCCGUGUGUCUCAGAGUGUGUGUGAGGAGAGAGGGGAGGCCAGCUGACAAAGAGGCUCUGAUGAAGAGCGAGAGGGUGGAGUUAGCAGCCAACUCUGUAUGUAUUGUAUAGGCGUGAGCUGAGUGUGCACCACCUUGUAUGUUUGGGGACUUUUCGGUGAGUCUGCGAGGCGGUGUGAGGAAUCUGUGUGUAUUUAAAUAGAGAUGUGUGUGAUUGUGACUUGAGAGUGGGCUUUAAGGCUCAUGUGGGAGUAAUUUAGGUCAUCGCACUCACCAGAUUCUCCAUGAAUCAAUGCCUCUUCUCCUCCCUUUUCCUCUCUCUUUGUCACAAGUUUACAUAUUGUGCAUUCUCAGUAUCUUUGGAAGAAUUUGCUCUGAAGGUUUGUCUGUUAUAUCUGAUCAUGCACAACAAAUUCACAAGGAUUUUUCUUCUGGGGCCUUUCUGAUCCCCAGUGUCUCGAAUGUACCUCUUCUGGUAUGUUUGAGUGGUGCCCAGUAAAAUGCAGUAGCAGUAUUAGUCCUGUAAAUUGUAUUUUCAUGGCAGUGUAAAAACGUCAGAAUUAUUUUGGAAGCAGUUUGGUGAAUUGUGAAAGAUUAGCAUAAAUUGUACGGCUCAGAAAAGAGGAAACUGUGGUGUGCAGUCUAAAUAGCUUUUGGCCAUGUUUCCACUGCCUUCUUAGAGCUUUUAAUGAGAGUUCUUCCAAAAUAUUAUGCUGCUUGUCACAGACUCAUUUUUCAUUCAUUAUAUUUACCUUGAAAAUUAAAAAAAAAAAAAAAAAUCACUUAAUGCACCUUAAAGUCUCCCCGUGAGGCACAGAGCCAAUCACAGCUCCUAGAAGAAAUGGAGACUGUGCAGGAAGAAUCAGAAAGACUUUAUUUAUCCCCAAGGCGCAAUUAACAUACAACAGAGCAGUUAAAGAUAAGAACAAUAAGAACAGGCAAUAAGACUGAGAUAAUAAAUACACAGAAUAUACCGUUUUAAAAUUACACAGUUUAAAAUGAAAGUGACUGAAAGGUGAAUAAAUAACUAUAAAAGUUGCCAUUCUCCCUCAGUUAAUAAAGUUUCUCCACUCAGUUUGCAAAGCUGGAGCCAGUUUACAGGUAAAACUGCAGGUGUGAGAAAGACACGCUCCGUAACGGCCUUUCCCGACACAUUUAUGAGGCCGUUUAUUCUCUUUCCUCUCACUCGUUUUCUUUUAAGGAGUGACUUUAAUAGUCAGACAAAGUUCUGGUCACUUUAUCCUUCACAGCUGUAGCGUGACGAUCUGCCAAAAGGAGACAGCGACUAUAAAUACACAGAGAGGUGACACACUUGGAGGACACAGCUGAACUAAAUCAGGAUAAGAUGACAAGGGGAAGUAAAGCUAAAACAUGCACCAGACACAGUCUAUCAAUAGAAAGUAGGAUGUAACAAGACAGAAAAACACCAAGCACAGAGACUUUUAAAUGAGAUACAAGGACACAGGAGAGAGAAACUGAAAACUCAUAGACGGAUAUGAACAAACUAUAACCGUGAGCAGGAUUCCACCACCACCUCUUCACAGACGGCUGACAGCCCUUCCUGAUCACAGAGAACAUGUGGCCUCGUGGUUGUGUGCUGGACUGCCAGAGGGGGCGCCACAGACCUGUGUGUGGCAGCAAUGGCAGGCUGUAUAAAUCGCUGUGUGCCUUUCAGAGGGCACAGUGCAUCAACACACAGCUCCGCCACGUCCCACGGGGACACUGUGCAGAUCCGUUGCAGACUAAAUGCCAGCUGGCCCGAGCUCAGGGCCUUGAGGCCAGAGCCCGCAGCCGUGGUAGUCCUGCAGCUGCAGUUUUUGUGCCUGCUUGCGGUCCCGAAGGUCACUUCAUGCCCACACAGUGCCACAACCAGACCGGAUAUUGCUGGUGCUCCACGCCUGAUGGCAAACCUGUCAGUGGUACCACGGCCCUCCAUGUGAUCCCCAACUGCACCGAUCACCUCACCAAGCUCGUUCAGAUCACCGAUACAGAUGCAACUCCAGUCAAAGAUGGAGACGUUGGACCUGGACCUACGCUGGACCCUAGAAAACCUGCAGAGCUGACAGCGCCUCCUUUCUGGGUGACCAUCCUGAUGAACUCUGAGUCACGAGGAAACCGCUCACUCAGACGACCUCCUGACAAUCCUCAGACUUGUCAGCGUGAGCGAGCGUCUCUGCUCUCUCAGACUCGUCAAGCCCGGGAGGAUGAGCGUUUCAUCCCAGAAUGCACUGCAGAUGGGCGUUACAGCCCCGUGCAGUGCCACACUGCUACAGGUUACUGCUGGUGUGUCAGAGUGGACACUGGGAGGCCACGACCAGGCACCUCAGCACGGAAUCAAAUCCCGGACUGCACUAGGGCAGAGGCUGCAUCACUGGAGAAACCUCUGCCUGGGUGUCCUGGAGCUCGUAAGAAGAAGUUCCUUCAGAGUCUGGUCAGAGCGCUGCAGGUGGAAGCACAGCAUGCUGGGAGUCAGAGUCCCUACCAAGACUCAAACACAGAUCCUUCCAGUGCUCCUUCGCCCACUUCAAACCCUCCACCCUCUGUGGCUCCUUCAUCAUCUUCCUCCUCUCUGGAUAAUGCCUCCGCUGAUGCUGCAGAGUCUUCUAGGCCAGAGGUGGUGCUGCAGUGGCACUUUAAUCAGCUGGACGUGGACUCCGACGGGUGGCUCAGUGAGCGUGAGGCUCGACCCCUCCGUCAGUUCCUGCGGCGCAGACUGAAGCCACGACGCUGUGCUAAGAAGUUCGCCCAGUACUGCGACAGCGAUCGAGACCGAAGCCUAACGUUAGAGGAGCUGAGGGUGUGCCUGGCUCUCUGAGGAGGCUUACCGUCAGAGUCAAAGCGACCGAGAGCAACGAGACAAAUCAGCUGACAUCAAAAGGCAGCUCGUUUUAGUGAUUAAGUCAUAGAAGCGCCAUCGUUGGGGUUGGAAGAUCUGUUCUGUCGCCCACUUGUUCCUACAUGGUCGCAAAUUCCUGACACUGUCGCUGUGGGGUGGAGCAGGGGGAGGUUUUAAUGUGCAACCUCCAGCUCGGAUACACUCGGCACUCCAGACAACCACUACAGUAAUCUGAUCCAUUCUCAGCCACUUGCAGCUCAGUGUCCUCUGCUGUUUCACACCCUGCAGAGCCAUCCAGGGGUUCAGCUUGGAUUCUUUUUGGCUGACUUUUGCUCGUGAUUCCAGACCAAUAACAACAAGAAACCUUAAUUUAUUCAGUUACUGCUUUCCUUUUUCUCCUUUCAUUAAUCUUAUGUGUCUUUUACUUCCCGAGCCUGCAUCUCUUCUUCUUUGUACAUACUUUGUUACAACACAUACUGACAGUAUAUAUUAACACAUGUAUACAUAAGUAUAUGUACUUUUGUAAUUUGUUCGUUAAGUUGUAUUUUCAGACCACAUCAUCGACUCACAGCAUUUUCUACUAAGUAAUUGUGAGUUAAAAAAGGGAAAAACAGGUGUGAUGGAUGGAUGUAACUUCAACCUUCAUGUUUUUGCUGUUUGUAAAUUUCAAUAAAUUUGUCGUCUCAUU